AUGGGCACGAAAGACGAGAACGGGACAACGUCAACGCCGACGACGAAAUUACCAGCUCCAGCCCAAGACGAGGGGAAGGAAAGCCAUGGGACUGGCUCUAAUGGGCUUUUGAUGAAACAGCAGUCGUCGGUUUCCCCGCUGCCGUCGCUCCCUGGCGUCGCGCUUCACGUACUGAGACUAUGGUCGGUCAUUGCAGCACUCUAUUUGGGUAUAUAUCUCGUGGCUCUGGAGCUUACCAUGCUAUCGACCGUAUUACCCACCCUGACCAAUGAGUUCGGCACUCUCAAUGACAUUUCAUGGUACGAAUCCGCCUAUGUUUUGGCACUCUGUGUAUUCAUUCCCUUGGUCGGCAAGACCUACGACCAAUUCCCCAUCAAACUUGUCUACCUCAGUUUCAUGGCUGUCUUUGAAGUCGGCCUCCUGAUAUGCGCCCUAGCCAAGUCCAGUCCCAUGUUCAUCGCCGGCCGCGUCGUGAGCGGAAUUGCCUCGGCCGGUCUCAUCAGCGGCGCACUGCUCAUCAUCGGGUCCGCAUGCAAAGCCAACAUCCGUCCGCUCGUGACAGGGGCAGCCAUGUCCAUGAUAUCCAUUAGCUCGAUGACCGGACCCAUCAUCGCCGGCGUACUGACGACGCGCGCUACCUGGCGCUGGUGUUUCUGGAUGCUACUUCCCUUGGGCGCCGUCAUCAUGCUCGUGACCGGUGCUAUGAAGCUCCCGGAGAUCAGUCCUAGAGCCCCUGUCGUGCAAGCCCUGAGGACACUACACCGGGAGCUCGACCCGCUUGGAUUUGCCCUCUUCAGUGCAGCGACAAUCAUGAUAUUGAUGGCCAUCACGUGGGGUGGCAGCCAGCUGCCGUGGUCUUCUCCGACCAUUAUCGGCUUGCUGUGUGGCGGCUUCGUCGUGCUGGCGCUCUUCGUCUGGUCCGUGUGGGUACAAGGGAAUAGAUCACUUAUUCCGCCGUCUUGCCUCACGCGCCGCUCUGUCUAUGUCGGCAGCAUCGUCAUGUUUCUGCAAGGUGGGGCUUCUCAGAUCAUCCCCUUCUUUCUGCCGCUUUGGUUCCAGGCCAUCUUCGGGGAUAGUCCCAACGAGAGCGCCGUACAUGUAUUGCCUUCGCUGAUAUCCAUGGUGCUUUCACUCAUCACUUUCGGAGCGCUAGUCCGGAAGAUGCACUAUGCACCUCCAUGGGCCAUCUUUGGGAGCCUUUUGACAGCUAUUGGAUCUGGUCUUUUGUCCAGGCUGAGGCCAGACGCCACGCUCGGCCAGUGGCUCGGAUACCAAGUACUAACGAACAUCGGGCGCGGAGUGGCUUUCCAAGUUCCAGUCGUCUCGGUGCAGGAAGACCUCCCUGCCGCGGACUCUGCCAUCUGUUUGGCGACGAUCAAUCUGUUCAUGCAACUCGGUCUUGCCGUCUCCGUCUCAGCUUCUCAGACCAUCUUCCGAAACCAGCUUCCACUGCUCCUCCACAAGUAUGCACCUGGCGUGGAUGCUCACCUCAUCGCCGAAGCCGGCGCCACCAGCGUGCGAGAGCUUGUCUCGGCCACGGGUCUGCCUGGUUUUCUGCAGGCGUAUAACCUUGGGAUCACCGAGAUGUUUCAUUUAUCUACCGCAGCCGCAGGCCUGGCCUGCCUUGUUAGCAUUGACUUGCCCUGGCAAGAUAUCGCUUCUAAAAAGACAAAUGACGGUGUAGAUAUUUAG